CCCUGUGGUUGCUUGAGGAGAGAGUCAUGGGACUGCUGCUGCCGAUCCUUCUGGGCUUUUUUGCUGCUCUGAUCGGAGGGCUUUACCUUCUCGGGGUCUUUCGACAGCGGCGACCAAAUGAACCUCCUUUGGAAAAAGGGCUCAUUCCUUGGCUUGGUCAUGUUUUAGAAUUUCGCAGGGACACAUUGAAGUUCCUGCAGAGGAUGAAGCAAAAGCACGGCGAUGUUUUCACUGUGCAGCUGGGAGGCUUUUACUUCACGUUCCUUCAGGAUCCCCUAUCAUUCGGGGCAUUUGUCAAGGAGAGUCGAGAAAUUCUGAACUUUAAUAACUUUGCCGCGCAGCUGGUUCAGAGAGUGUUUGGUUACACGGCUGUUGAGUUCGAUCACAACAUCCUGCAGGCAGCCAGUGACCAGCAUCUGAAGGGGGGAGGCUUGGAAAUAAUGACACAAGCCAUGAUGAGCAAUUUGCAGAACUUAAUGUUGCAUGACAUCGACUCGGCUGGAGACAAAAGCACCUGGACUGAAGAUGGACUGUUCAUGUACUGCUACAACAUUGUGUUUAGAGCUGGCUAUUUAUCCUUGUAUGGUAAUUUGCCGCACGAGUCAGAGGGAAGUGAGAAGAAAGCCAAAGAGAAAGACAGAAAGGAAUCCGAAGCCUUAUUUUACGAGUUUCGCAAAUAUGACCAGCUUUUCCCCAACCUGGCUUACGGGAUCCUCACGCCGUCGAAGCGGUUGGAAGCUGAAAGGUUAAUGUCCCACUUCUGGGACUCCCUAUCAGUGCAGAAGAUGAAGACCAGGGACAACAUCAGUCGUUGGAUAUUGGACGUGUACCAGGCCAAACAUGAGAUGGGGAUGAACGAGUUAAUGAUAAACAAAUACAUGUUUGUGCUUCUUUGGGCCUCUCAGGGUAACACAGGGCCUUCUUCUUUCUGGCUGCUUCUCUUCCUCAUGAGAAACCCAGAAGCUAUGAGAGCAGUGAAGGAAGAGGUAGAUAGAGUGUUGAAGGAAUCGGGGCAGGAAGUCCGGCCCGGGGGCCCUCUUAUCAACCUGACCCGCGAGAUGCUGAUGAAAACGCCCAUCCUGGACAGCGCCGUAGAAGAGACCCUCCGACUCACCACCGCACCAAUCCUCACCAGGGCGGUGCUCAAGGACAUGACUCUCAAGAUGAGCGAUGGGCGCGAAUACUUAAUUCGCAAUGGCGACCGAGUGUCCAUCUUUCCCUACAUUGCCGUUCAGCUUGACCCGGAGAUCCACCCCGAGCCACAUUCAUUCAGAUACGACCGCUUCCUGAAUCCAGACGGCAGCAAGAAAACAGAUUUUUACAAGGCUGGGAAGAGGGUCAAGUAUUACAACAUGCCCUGGGGUGCCGGGGUGUCCAUGUGCCCCGGACGCUUCUUUGCUACCAAUGAGCUGAAACAGUUUGUGUUCCUCAUGUUGGUGUAUUUUGAGUUUGAACUGAAGAAUCCUGAUGAGAAGAGGCCCGACUUUGACUUCAGCAGAUGGGGCUUCGGAUCGAUGCAGCCCGACAGAGAUGUUCAGUUUCGAUACAGAUUCAGACAAUCGGCAAUCUGAUGAAACAUUUUUUUGAUGACGUCUGUAAGCCUCCAUUAAGCUAAUACAUUCUUAGAAAACAUGGUAGAAACAAUUAAAUGUAAUAAUUGAAUCAACUGUAAUUUGUCUUCUUUAAUGAACUGCAAGCAAAUGCAGCAGCUACUUUCUACAUUUUAUUCGUGGAAAAGUAGGAUUGGAAUCAAGUUUAACAGAUUACUUUGAAUAGUUUUGACAGCUUCUUUGAAUUUUCCGGUCUGAUAACUUUCUACAGUUUAUGCUGCAUUCUGUGUAGCGAGCUUAUCAGCUUUGCAUGAUUUUUUUUUUCCAUCUUUAUUUAUUUUGGUGCACCAGGUUUUAUUGAUUUUUUUUUUCCAGACUAUUAAUUUGGUUUUGUGAACAAUCAAUUUAAUAAAAUGUCUAUCAUCAUGAA